AUGGCCUUGAACCCUGAGGAUCCCUGUAAUGGGUUCCGACAUAGUAAUGUGUUAGUAUUCAUCAGCCAGCAAAUGUCCAGACACGUGAAAGGCCCAGAGUUCUACCUUAUUAACUAGUCCCUAUCCUGGAAGGAGGUGGAAGAUAAUCUCAGGGUCAUCUUAGAGGACAGCAAGAUGCCCAGUGAGGCUCAGGGAGCCUGUGCUUGGGGUAAUCUGGCCUUGGGCAUCCGCUUUGCUUGCAAGCAGGGCCUGUGCCUUGACCUGAAGCAGCUCACUCAUGAGGAGGAGAUGGAGCUCAAGGAGGUGGCCUUUCAGCUUCAGGUGGCCCAGGCCAAACAGGCAGAGGUGCAGAGAGAGUGUGACCUGCUGAGAGUGAAGUUCGUCCAGGCAGAGAUGAAGACUCUCACAGUUGCAGUAGGACCAGCUGUGACCAUACGACCAGCUACUGUCAGAGGCACAGGGACAGGGACACAAGGAGUGGGCCCAAAGGAAGAUCUGCCAGCAGGUGCUACAGGAGGAAAAGAAAGGAGAGAUGAGGAGGCAGGUAUGGUAGCAUCUGCCCUGGCAGGGGUAGUAGCUGCUCCUAAAGAGGCCACAGAGAAGCCCAGUAGAAGUUUUAUGCAGCCUCAUGGAACCAGGAAGUGGAAAAAAUUUCCCUUGGAAAGGCAAAAGGGGAGAAAUUUCAGACCCAAGGAAACAUUCAUGCAUUCUCCCUCCCAGUGUCUGAAUCUGAGAUCUGUAGUCUCCUCUGAAACCAUCACUGUAGAACUCCCUGCCUCGUUCACAUAUUCCUAUGAAAGCCCCUUCCCAGCCAUACCCACCACCUCCCAAGUACCAGCCAUGGACAGACCACCACAGUUGCCUUCCUACACCAUGGCGUCUGAUUUGAGUCAAGUGUCUGAUGUGGGACUCCACAGAGGAAAUCGUCAGAAACUACAUAAACACAAGAGAGCCCCAGCAUUUCGCAGACCUGGAGACUGGGAUUGCCCUUGGUGUAAAGCUGUGAAUUUUUCAAGGAGGGAAAACUGUUUCCACUGUGGAAACGGAAUCUGGCUGCAAAACCGUUAG